UACAACCUCAAUUUCAUUUCUUUAUAUUAUAUUUUGAAUCCGACACGAGCGCCCGGCGGCUGCACCCACACGCAUGUUUGUAUUCACUAUUCAGUAUUGAAUGAGAUCCCCAAAUCAUCGUCAAUUCGUCUGUAAAUCUCUCUCUAGGGUUUUCUCACGAUUUACAAUUCAUUUAACUGCUGAUCAAUUCCAGUUUUGCAUUAUAUGGUACCAAGCUAAAUUUCAACAUUUUUAAUUCCUCGUAUAAAAACCUCCAAAAUUCUUUUUUUUUUUUGAAUUAUUGCAAAAAUUAUCAGCCUUAUUUAAUGCCCAUAAUUCACCCAAUUCAAUAGUGCUUUUAAUUCAUCAAUGUCACCACUAAAUCUACCCAGAAAAAAUUUGCUUUCGUAGCGAAGGUUAAAAUCAACAAGCUUUUCGCGAUCGUUGUUCACGUCAACGUUUAAAUCCUCGUCCCAAUUAAUGGUUGCACCGCGGGGGGUGUUGGUGGUAGAGAUGGGAGACCGGCUGUCGAAUAGGGAUGGGGAGAAUCCAGAGUCCCCCUCGGGGAAGAAGUUCAAGCCGGAGAAGUCCCCGCUAUCACGGUGGGAGUUUGCUGCCGCUUUGGGGGUGUUCUUGGUGUUUUUGACCGGGUUGUUCUGCAUCUACCUCACCAUGCCGGCAGCUGAAUAUGGGGAGAUCAAGCUGCCCCGCACCCUUUCCGAACUUCGUGUGCUUAAGAACCAUCUUGGAACAUUUGCCAAAGAUUACCCAGCUAAGUUCAUUCUGGGUUACUGCUCUAUAUACAUAUUCAUGCAGACAUUUAUGAUACCUGGGACCAUUUUUAUGUCCUUGCUUGCCGGAGCUCUUUUUGGUGUUAUCAGGGGCCUUUUUUUGGUUGUCUUUAAUGCCACAGCUGGUGCAUCAUCCUGUUAUUUCCUAUCAAAGUUGAUUGGCAAGCCUAUUGUUAACUGGUUGUGGCCUGAGAAAUUGAGAUAUUUUCAGGCAGAGAUAGCAAAGCGCAGAGAGAAAUUGCUUAAUUACAUGCUUUUUUUGAGAGUUACUCCAACGUUGCCAAACCUUUUUAUCAAUUUAGCAUCACCGAUAGUGGAUAUACCGUUUCAUAUAUUCUUUCUUGCUACCGUGCUAGGUCUAAUUCCAGCCUCCUUUAUUACAGUCAGGGCUGGGCUUGCUCUUGGAGAUUUAAAGUCGGUUAAAGACCUAUAUGAUUUUAAGACCUUGUCUGUGCUUUUCCUUAUUGGGUUGCUUUUAUUAUUCCCGACCUUUUUGAAGAGGAAGCGAAUAUAUGAAUAGAGGUAUUGGUGCACUCCCUCCCAUCUCUGCUGGAAAUGGACCCCUCAAGAUCAUGUACCUGAAUACAGAAUGCCAAACGAUAAUCUACCUUUUGCUUGUGACACAGGUUUGAUCGAUUACCGUACAAGAUCACAAAGGCCAAAACAUGCAUAUUAUUUUGUGUUUCAUGUUGAUUAUAAAACAUCACUUCCUAGGUUAUAUCUGGAUCACUCUAUAAUCCUGGAUUGUAUUGCUAUAUAUCAAUAUAUGGAAAGCCAAAUUCCGAAAAAGUGGAUACAAUAUAGAAUCUGAUUAAAUUAUUAACAUAAGACAUGAGAGGAAUAUGUUUAGCAAAAAUGCUAUUUGUACA